AUGGUUAAAGAUAUUGAGACCGUCAUUCGAGAGUUCACCGAGCUCGUCAACAUGAAUCCCGACGAGCUCGAGGAUUGGCUUGAGACAGAAGCAUCAACCUCCUCCGGCUGGACAAAAGACGACGGAUCAGGGGAAUCAGUCGGCCACGAAAGCGGUCGCAAGAUUGUGGAUAUCCUGAGGCGUAACCCGGAUAAAGACCCGGAAGGGUUUGAGGAGGAGGAUUUGGCGCAUAUGAGGAAGGUCGUCAGUUAUUGCAAGCGACAUCUGGCGCAGGAGGAGAAGGCAAAGCAGAAUACGGAUAGCAAGAGUUAUAAGAGUUUGAAGAAUUGGGGACAUGAUGCGUUGAAGGAGUGA